CACACACUAUACGGCACUUUUCACAGCUCUUAUGCGAGCAUCACGCACACUCCUUGGAGAACAUUUGCUUCUCUCAUUCUCUUUCUCACAUGACUUGUCCUGGAAUUUUAAAAGGGUUUACGUCUAAUAUUGUUGGAAAUAACUUUGGCUGGCGACACAGUGAGAUGGAAGGUCUCUGACUUGCACCAGCCUGAAGUUACAUUAUGGUUCUGGGUCGAGCUGUCAACAUGAGUUUGAUGGACAUUUCUAAGAUCUUUUCCCUGCUGCAGCCUAAGGAGGAGGAAGGGGACAGUGAGCAGUGUCAGGCCUUAAACAACGCCGUGAGCAGCAACGACGUGACUCUGCUCUCUGAGCUCCUUUCCCAGGAGAGCCACAGACGGUGCAUCAAUGCCUGCAGUGGGUGGGGGGUCCCGGUAACCCCUCUGCGCACUGCUGCUGCUCUGGGACACUUGAGGUGCCUGGAGUUACUCUUGGAGCACGGCGCAGAGAUUGACUGCCUGGAUGUGAAGGCCCAGACACCUCUGUUCACAGCUGUCAGUGGGAAACAUCUGGACUGUGUUGUUGCCCUGCUGAAGGCUGGAGCUGAUCCCAAUGGCAGUGAGUACAACAACUGCUCUCCACUGCUGACCGCCGCCCGGGAAGGUGAUGCAGAUGUCCUCAGAGAGCUGCUACGGUUUGGAGCCCAAGUGGAUGUUAGACCCAAAGUGCCUGAGUGGGCCUCCAGUGGCACAGCGUGCCGGGGGCCACUGUAUAUCUCAGCUAUUUAUGGACACAUUGACUGCUUUAAAUUGCUGCUUCUGCAUGGGGCCAACCCCAACUACAACUGCACAGAUGAGAAGAUGCUGGCCAGGAUCAAGCAGCCAAAGACAGUUCUGGAGGUGUGUCUCCGUUAUGGCUGCGGGGUGGAGUACAUUCAGCUUCUUAUAGACUUUGGGGCAGAUGUUUAUCUGCCUACACUGAUCAUUGACAAGACCACAAAGCAGAAUGAAGCUCUCGCACUACUGCUGAAGGAGAGAGUUUGUCCCAAAACACUGAUGUCACAGACUCGGCUGGUGAUUCGAAGACACGUCUCCUUCACUGAUAAAGAGCCUGCCAUAGACAGUUUGGACAUUCCUCAGAUCCUGAGGAACUACCUGAAACAUGACACCACUAAAUUCAUGUGAUGCUCAUACUCACCUGAAGACACAUGGCCAGUGAUUAUUUGUUUUGUUUUUUAACUUGUUACUGUACACCAGGGGUGUCAAAC